AUAGGGAAAGCGCCAGUGCUCCUCAAACUAUUUUCAGGAUGAAGGUUUUCACUCUGUUCAUUCUGGUCGCCCUUAUUGCUGGCACCUGGGCACUGCACAAAUGUACCGUGAUGAAAGCCAUUAAACGCGGUAGCGUUAUCGGCAUUAAAGGCUACACUCUCGGAGAUUAUAUGUGCUUGGUUCAUUAUGCCAGUUACUAUGAUCACACCUUGAACAGAAGUCCCUCUGAAUAUGGCAUCUUCCAGAUCAACAGUUACUGGUGGUGUAACGAUGGCUACACCUCUGGGCGCAAAAAUCUAUGCGGAACAUCUUGUUAUGGCCUACUGAACAGAGAUCUUACAGAUGACGUAAGAUGUCUAAAGAGAAUUGUGAGAGAUCCAAAUGGACUGGGUGCCUGGAGCGUCUGGACAAAGUAUUGCAAAGGACGAAACCUUAACUCCUACACCACUGGAUGUUAACUGCCUUCAAUACACUCUGUUGACAUACCGUAAUUGUUUGCUGAAUGAAUACAGUUGUACCGUCUGUUGUACUCAAGCUACAUUCAUCAUACUUUAACAAAUAAACUUAAAGUGAAAAAU